GAAAUUUUCCUUCCCUGUUCUUGGCUUCUUGUUUGAGGCUCUCGUCUUAAUCAUCGUUUGUCUGGCAUUUUUAAUGUUUUGAUGGAUCAUUGAAAACAAUGAGAAGUAAAACAUUUUCUAUGCCGAAUGCUUCCUCGUUGUCGGUUGUUUUCGAAUCUUGUGCUUUGCUCUUGAUAAUGACCCUGAAAGUGUCGAAUUGUAAAUGGUUUCUGUAACGCGACUGGUCAUCUUGGCCAUUCCAAGAUGAGUACAUCUUAUGAAGAGGUCAUUUUCCAUUUUCCCCCUACGACAUUUGCAUAUUGAGUGUGUGUGAAUUGGAUGGUCGAACAGCUUCUGGCUGAAGAUGGAUCAUUAAAAUUCAAUUAGAUGUCGCUUAGAUAGUCAUUAUAGAACUGGCCAGCUUACAGUUUGUUGACUUGCGGGAAGGUUAUUGACUGCCGGGGAAUGUCAACGGACCAAUGCAAUUAUACUAUGCUUGUAAUUAUGGUCUUUCAAUUGUUACAUCAUCAGCAAAUCUUAUAUAAACGAUAGAGUUAUCAUUGCAAUUAGACAAUCACAGUUUUUUACGCCUAACAAUAGGCUUCGUUUAAUUGUGAACAUAUUUUUUAGCAGCCACUAUUCGUUGUCAUUUUUGCCAGCUUUGAAUGCCUUCAAGCUGCACUAACCAAAUCAAAUCUUUGCCAACAAUUGCCACUGAAUAUUUUCAUUGAACAGCUUGCGAAGUGUUUUCAUUACGCUUUGCUUCCUUACACAACAAUCAAUGCGAACAAUUAGAGGUAAUCAUUCAGGGUGAAGACAAGUGAAGAUGAACCGUGUGGAGAGUUCGUUGCCUAAGUCUUUCGUUUUAAUUUGCAUGAAAUAUGAAAUGUAUCCGUUUCUUUAGCUGUACCCAACUCCGCUGUCAGCACAUAUCAUUCGGAAAACAUAAUAGCUCCAAAUGACCUCAGCAGCCGAUCCAAAAGCCAUCGAGAAUUGAUUGCUCGAGUGUUUAACUGGAAGCGAUGCGAAUACUUGAUUUCUGUUUGCGUUUAGUUUCGAUUUGCUUUGCUUAAUUCGGAAUUAGCCACGUUCUAAUAAGGCUUCACUAUGAUUUAUAAUCGUUGCCCAUCACUUAAGCAAUGCGAAGUGAUUAAUGGUUGUUAUGGCAAGAAACGAAGUUUUAAACACUUCAUAUUGAUCCGAUAUCGAUCUUUAAUGCUGAAGAGGCUUAACAUUUAGAUCAAGCUUGAAUUUCAGGGUCACCUGCAGCCUCCUUUUAUUGGGAAUGCAAAAGAUAAGCCCAAUCGAAUUUAAUUGCCAUUUGAUGGACACACUUUGCCCUAAAUGGUCCGAUCUGUCGACAUGCCCCACGCAAAUAUAUUCGUACACUGUUGCAAAAAAGUUAUCGUCUAUCUGUAAAUUUUGUUUGUUGUUUUUUUUUUUUUUGUGUUUUUGGCAUUUGUUUGGGCUACACAAAUCAUUCAGCAUCCGCUCGAUUCGGUUACGUGAGGGCUAUGGACACGCCUCGCUACCAAAUAUAUGUUAUAUGCUAAUCUACGGCAAACUUACGUGUUUCCGUUGUCCGCCGCAUUUGUAUGCAAAUGGGCCAAAACGCACAUUUGAAUCAAUGAAUUUCGGCCCGAUUCAUGGUUUAUCAAUCAGCCUAAUGAAUAAAGUGUCGCAAAGCGGCGCUCCCGAAUGUCACAAUUAAUACAUUUUGCAUGUUUUCAUUUUUAAUUUUUUCCAGCAUGUGGCCACCCAGCUCCUGUCUGUGGUUGGCUCUCGUCCUCCUGGUGGGCGCGACCCAGGGCCAGAGCGGCAGUCGAGAGCACUUCGAGGAUGCGGACAAGUCCAGCGAGUACACGGAUCAGCAGUACGACCUACGACACACGAUUCCCGGAGAGCCGGGCCUCGACUAUCCCAUUCUAAGUGCCCCGCCAAAGACCAGCUUUGUGUGCAAGGGAAGACAUGAAGGUUAUUACGCGGAUGUGGAAAGUCGCUGCCAAGCCUUCCGCAUUUGUGCCCAUACUGCCCGCUCACCACAAGGAUUCGGUUUCCUCUGCCCCAAUGGAACGCUCUUCAGCCAGAAGAACUUUGUUUGCGAUUGGUACCGCAAUGUGAACUGCGAUGAUUCGGAGAGGUACUAUGAAAUGAACGAGGAGAAAACCGUGGGCAGCACCCACGAAAUGAUGGAGCGAGUGCGUCACAUGAUGGAGUACCCCAUGAAAACCAUUUCGAAGGCUUUGCAACAAACCCAAUCCCAGUCGCAGAAUCCGCACCACAGUCUUAGCAAAGAUUUGAGUGGGGCUAGUGGUGUUUUGAGCCAACCUGCGGCCAUUAAUCACAAUCCUGUAUCCCCAGCUGUUGGACGCGGUGAAGACGUGAAAAGUGAGCCACUAAAUGCGGCGCCAAUAAGUAACAUAAACGCCGAGGACAGUGAAGGCGAGGGUAUAUAUGUGAACAGCUUGGGAGAACUUUCCUCAGAUCCAGGCAUUCAGUUUGAUCACACCAAUGCCCACAUCGUGGCAGAAUAUCCCAGGGAAUACCACUUCCAAAAGCAAAAGAACUUUGCCGAGCGUGUUAACGCGGGCUUGGAAACCUUUACCGAUUCGGAAUCAACCAAUUCAGAGGUUAUGGCACCCGAUUACAUCAAGCAUAUCAGAAAUACGAAGGACGAGGCCGUGCAACAAGAUCUUGUAUCGAAUAUUAACAAUCUGCUGGAUGAGGUAUCCACGGAUGUGGAUCCCUCCGUUUCCGGCUAUCAAUCAAUGGCGCCUCCGAAAGUUAAGCAACCAUUCCGAUUCCUAAGUCGUGGCUUCUCCAUGCAGGGCGAAAACGGAAAGGGUAGCUCAGCUUCGGGCUAUGGCUACAUUAAACCCAAGCAAACGGCCAGCACUGUAAGAUUUACGCCCAAUGAGAUACCCACCGAAGAUCACAAAUCCAUUGAGCACAAACACAAGUUUCCCAAACCAACAAGUACCAGCAGCACCACUACCACAGCCACUGAGUCAGCCACUGAGUCAAUAGAACAACUGCUGAUAGCACCAACUUUGCCACCCGCUGAGGAUGAGGAAGUAAGCACGUCAGUGGCAUCUGAGGUCACCUCAACCCCGGCCGCGGAACCACUCACGUUCUUGGCUCCACCACUGUCAGAAGUGGUGACUAACGGGGAAGAGUCGGCCAUCGAAUCCAUUGGACAGGCAGCAGCUCUCACUGCCAGUCUGCCCAUAAGUGAGGAUAUAGUCCGAGUGGAGCAGAUCACCGAAGACUCUGAGAAGAAUGAUGUGCAUCAAGAGGCCGCCAAGCUACUGUUGGCAGGUGUGCAGCUGACCUCCCACAAUGUUGAGAAGCCUUUGGAAGGGAACGAUGUGGUGGUCACCAGUACCACAACCACUAGCCCCAUUACGCCAGUCAUGGUCACAUCCACCGAAGUGGUGACCGAGAUCAGUAGCACUCAGGAGCGGAUUCGUGGCUACCGCAGGAAUCGGCCCGGCGCCAUGUUGAAGCGUGCCCACAUUCGCCCCUUGCCCACUGUGCGAACUACAACAGCGUCUACCACGCCAAGGAGCACAACACCCACAAGAAGCUACCUGGAACGCCUGGCCGCCAGCAGGUUGCGACUUUCUCGACUGUCCCAAGCCACCAGAAGCACCACAAAGGCAACAACGUCCUUGCCCAGCACCACAACAACCCCGGCGACAACCACCACAGUGUCCUCAUUCCAACAGAUUCGCGGUGGAGCCGAGCCAGGUCCGAAUAAGAGGCUUACAGUGCGCGAUAUUGAUCGCGAGACAAAGGUGGCCCCAAGCAAGGCCAACUGGGAAAGCGUCCACAGCAACCUGCAACGCUUCCAGGUGCAACGCGGCAAUCGAGUGUAUACACCAGCAACACGAGCCACCAGCAGUAAUGUGGCAACCACCAGCAGCACCACCACCACUCCUAGAAGCUAUGUUGCGGCCACAUCUACGCGAUCCACCGUUAACGUUAAUCGCGGCAAGAAUCGCUACUCCAACUUCAAGACCCAGGCACCCGUGCAAAGAACUCGCGGUACCACCACACCGAGCACCACUCUGCGUCCCACAUCCUCGCUGUCUUCGCUGAACCAACAUAUCUCCGCCCUGGCAUCGAACUAUAAUGCUGGCUAUAGUUACAACCAGGCCACGCAAAUCAGCAAACCCAUCCCACAAUCACCAUCACAUGUCUAUGCCACACACACAGCCAGCGAUAUUGCUGGGCACGCCUAUCAAACCCAAGCCACAUCCAGUCUUAAUCCCGCCUCCGCUUUCCUAUCCUUUGACAAGUUAACCCGUGCCAUUGUUGACGAAUCCGUUUUACAGAAUUUUAAGAGUGCCCAGUCGCAGGGUUCCAAUCAACCGCAGCGUCAGCAGCAGCAGCAGCAACACCAAGUGGCCAAGCAGCAACACCACUCGCUUAGCAACAGCUACGUAAAGCCAGCAGCAGCGCCAGCUAUUUCCAGUCUGACUGUGCCAGCACGCCCCCAGCAAACAGCGCAGUCAUCUGUGCUGCCUCCUCCACCAGGAAUUGUGAUUGCACGAGCUGAAGGUCAGCGCAUUACACCCAACUCCGCCAGCAACAUCAUUUCCAGCCUGGCUACUCAAGCUCCAGUGACAAGCAGCCAAGGCAACUCCUAUGUCUCGCUCAACGAUUUCUUGAACAACAAAUUUGGUCAGAGUCCUGCAGCCAGCAGCAAUGUUCAAUCUGCUGCCACUUUGCAGCAGCAGCAACAGCGUGUGCCGCAACAACAGCAGCAGCACUAUCAGCAGCAAGCAACUCUGCCUUUGCAGCAGCAGCAAAGGCAACCUGUGGUGCAGCAGCAUCAGCAGUCCGUGCAACAGCAUCACCAGUCCGUGCAACAGCAUCAGCAGUCAGUGCAACAGCAACAGCAGUCGGUUCAUCAGUCCGUGCAACAGCAACGCCAGCCUGUGCAGCAGCAACUGAGUUUCAUCUCGCAACAAUACCAACAGCCGCAACAGCAGAGCAUCUACCAGCAAUAUAAGCAGCCACCCCAGCAGCAGCACUUCCAGCAGCAGCAACAGCAACGGACCACGAUCCACACCAAUCAGCAGCCCUAUCUUACACCCAACAUUUUCGUGCCCUACCACCAGCAGCAGCAGCAGUUGCCCCAAUUCCCGCCAUUGGCACCACCGGUGGCAGUGUCCACUGGAAAUAUUGCCCAGGGACCGGUGAUUGCCGGACGCCAUGUGGAUCACCUGAAUGUGCAGCUGCCCACGCUGGCCAAUGGCUUGAUACCUGGCCUGCAAUUGGCCCAAAAGCGGAGCGACGUUUCGGCCAGUCAGCUGCAGCUCACGGACACCACGGCCAAGGGCAGCUUGUCCGGAUCUGGCAAGAGCCGGGAACGUGCCUUCUAUGCCGGACGCACAUCCUACGAUGUGCCGCAGAGCAGCGUGGGUCGAUUGCCCAACGAUAUUACACAGCAACUACGACGCCGGUUGCGGCGCUACUAGACGAGAUUUCGAGAUAAACGAGCUAGGACUAGAAACUUAACUUAUAGCUAAAUUAGUAAACUAUUUAUGCCUAAGCUAAGUCUACAAUCGUACUAUAGAUCACUUGUUUAAAAAUCAUACUCAACUCGUAUGUAUGUGUGUGUAUAUUUUUGCAUAUUUAUUGAUAAAUAAAACGAAAAAAUUUACAAAAAACCCGAACGAGUUCGCCCCUUCUGUUGCAUGUGAGAUUAAGUUUUUAUUGUUUAUACGUUUUAGAGUUUUAAAAUUAUCAGCAAUACGUACAGACCUUACCGAAUACGAAUACAAUACACGGGCUCAUUUUGCUGGCUUUUCAACUUUUCACUUAAAUAAACAUUAUUAAUAUUCUUA